AUGUCUCCAUUUAGGUUGGUUUAUGGUAAGCAAUGUCACCUCCUAGUGGAGAUUGAGCACAAAGCCUAUUGGGCUAUAAAGGCUUGUGCAUUUGGUGAGAAGGGUGUAGCUACCUUUAGGAAGUUCCAACUUCAAGAAUUGGAGGAGUUGAGAUUGGAAGCAUAUGAGAGCUUUAAAUUGUACAAGGAAAAAGCAAAAUUCAUUCAUGAUAAAUGUAUUUUGAGGAAACAUUUUCAAGUGGGAGAUAAAGUGCUAAAGUUCAAGACAAGGCUCAACCUCAUUAGUGGCAAACUUCAAUCCAAAUGGGAGGGCCCUUACAUUACAGAGGAAAUUUUUUACUAUGGUACUCUCACCCUCAAAGAUCCUCAAAGUGGCUUAACAUUCAAGGCAGAUGGCCACUUGUAUAAGAAGUUUCAUGAGGGUGAAUCUUCCAUAUUGCUUGCUGAAAUGAGAUUCAAAGAUCAUUCAUGA